AUGAAAUUUAAAUUGAAAUUUAUUUUAACAUUUUUUUUUUUUUUACUACCAUGUUACAAUAGUUAUAUUUUAAAAAUUUUUAAUGAGAAAAUAGAAAAAAAAUAUUUUUAUUAUAAUAAAAAAAAAAAAAAAUUUUCAUCUUAUAAUUACUUUUCUUACAUUCCUUUUUUAAAUGAAUCUACUCUGAAAAAAAAUUUAUUUAACUUCAGAAUAUUUUUAAAUAAUAAAAAGACAAGAGAAGCAGAUAACUAUGACGAUUUGAAUAAUAUAACAAAUGCUAUAUCAAAAAAUGAGUUUCAAUUAGAUAAAAGACUUGAACAAAAUUAUAUCAAUGAAAAAAAUGAAAACUAUAUAGACAUUAAUAAAGAAAAUGGAAUACAAAAUGUAAAUAAAAAUAAUGAUUGCGUAAUUAAUAAAAAUGAAAUUAUAAAAAAAUCAAAAAAAACAAUUUGUGACAUUAAUGAGGAUUUUCCAAAUGAAUAUAGUGAUGAUAUAAAUGAAAAGAACAAAGAAAAAAACAGUACUUUAAAAGAAAAUUAUAACAGUGAUGAUGAUCUUUAUACAUUAGAAAACUCUAAUGAUAAAGACAAAUAUAAUUGUGAAAAUCCUUAUCUAUACAGUAACAGUAAUAAUUCCUUUAAAAGUAGUGAGUUGGAUGAGAAAUAUAAUGAAAUAAGUAAAGAAAAUGAUGAAAUAAAAAAAGAAUAUAAUGAAUUAUUAGAAAAAAAUGACAAAAUUGAUGAAGAAAAUAAUUCCUCUUUCAAUAUUAAUAAUGAUGAUUGCAAAAAGAUAAAUAUAAAUGAAAAAAAAAAAAAAAAAAAAAAUAUGGAUAUAAAAAUAGUAAGAAAUUUACCUUUAAUAUCAAUUAUAGGUAGACCGAAUGUUGGAAAAUCUACCAUAUUUAAUAGAUUAACUAGAAAAUUUCAAAAAGGAAAUAUUGUUUUAGAUGUAAGUAGCACCAGAGAUAAAGUUUAUGGAGAAGUGGAGUGGGAAGGAUAUAAAUUUGAGGUUGUUGAUACUGGUGGCCUUAUUUUUGAAGAUGAAAAUUUUUCAAAAGAAAUUCGAGAUCAAAUUUUAUUAUCACUUAGUGAAUCAUCUGUUGUUUUAUUAGUUGUUGAUGGAUUAAAAGGCAUAGAUCCUUUAGACAUUGAGAUUUGUAAGUUUUUGAGAAAGUAUAUUGGGGAAGAAUAUAAAAAAGUUUUUCCUAAAGGAGAAAAUCAAGAGAACAAUUUUCCACAAAAUGAAGAAAAAAUAAAAGAAAAUGAGAUUCAUAACUUAAAAAAUAAAAAGGAAUAUACAUCAUGUGAAAAUGUGUGUGAAAAUGGUUUAUCUGACAAAAACGAAAAACUAAUUAAUAAUGUACAAAAUCAUAUAAGUUAUGAUAAUAACACAGAAUUUUUCGAUAUAUCAAAUAAAAAUGGUAAGGAAAUUGAAGAUAAAGAUGAAUGCAAAGGUAAACAUGAAGAUAAAUAUAAAAAUGAUAAUGAAAGUACAACUGAUGAUAUAAAUGUGAAUAAAAAGUACAAAAAAAAUUCUUCUUUAAAAGUUAUUAUUUGUGUUAAUAAAUGUGAAUCACAUAAAGAUGGAUAUUAUAAAUCUCAAGAUUUUUGGGAAUUAGGAUUUGGAAAUCCAUUUCCAUGUAGUGGAAUUCAUGGUAAUGGGCUAUCUGAAAUUUUAGAUGAAUGUAUAAAAUAUAUUAAAAAAGUAAAAAUAGAUGAAUUGGAUGAGGAAGAAAUUGAAAAAAAUACUAUAAAUAUUAGUUUCAUUGGAAAACCAAAUACUGGAAAAUCAAGUAUAUUAAACAAAAUUUUAAACUGUAACCGUUUUAUAGUUUCACCUAUAGCAGGGACUACCGUUGAUUCAAUUGAUGUUUUAAUCAAAAUUAAAAAUAGUGAAAGAUUAUAUAGACUCAUUGAUACUGCUGGAAUUCAAAAAAGAAAAAAAAAUGUACCAUUUAACGAAAAAACAAAAUAUGAAUAUUUAUUAUAUAACAGAACUGAAAAAGCUAUAAGAAGAAGUGAUGUUUGUGUUCUUGUUAUUGACUCAUUUAAUGGUAUAAGUUCACAUGAUAUAAAUAUAGCAAGAAAAAUUUUGAAAGAAAAUAAAAGUUGCAUAAUUUGUUGUAAUAAAUGGGAUCUUAUACAUAACAAGAAUGAUAUUUUUAAUGACACAAAAAAUUAUGUUCUUAACCUUUUAAAACCAAUUGAUUUUGCUAACAUUUUGUUUAUAUCAGCGAAAACAUCUCAAAGAUUACUUAAUAUAUUUGAACAUGCAGAAGAAACUUAUAAAAAUUAUACAAAAAAAGUGAAUACUAGAAGUUUAAAUCAAAUAAUAAAAGAAGCACUUUUACUUAGACCACCAAUACCUGUUAAAAAUAAGUCCUUAAAAAUUUAUUAUGCUUUUCAAGCACAUAUUAAGCCACCUGGAUUUGUAUUAUUUUGUAAUUCUGAAAAAUCUGUUUAUUCAAAUUAUACAAAAUAUUUAGAAAGUAGGAUCCGAGAUACCUUUAACAUUAAAGGUACUCCAAUUAAGAUUUAUUACAAACAAAGAAGAUUAAGAAAUAUUAUAAAGAAAACAAAAAAUCCAGAUAAAUACAAUUUAGAUGUUGAAGCUAUUCAAAAGAAUUUUCUAAAAAUUCAUUCUAAUAAUAAUAGUGUCGAAAAUUAA